AUGGCUAAAACUCCACUUGAAUGCUUUUUCCUCUUUAUUGAUGAGGUAAUGAUCGUAGAUAUAGUUAAAAAUACGAAUCUAAGAAUCAUAGAAAAAUCUGAGAAAUGGAAGGAAUCUCCCCAUUAUGGAGAAACCAAUCCGGCAGAAAUUAAAGCAGUGCUCGGCCUUUUGUACCUAUCAGGAGUUUUCAAAAAUAACCACCGAUUUUUAUAUGAGCUAUGGAAUACCGAUGGUACUGUAAGUUCUACGUUUUCCUACCUGUUUGGGCUUCGGCUGUUGAGGCGUAGCCUUAAGUUGAACGUGUGCCCGGUCAUUGUAUUCGAUUUCAACGUCAUCGUCGCUCUCGUCCUCGCUUUCAGAUUCUUCAGUGUCAGCCUCUUUCAGCCACUUGAUGAACGGCGCAGCUUUAUCGUGGAUCUCUUGGCUGAUCUCUUUCGACACAUUAUUGUCGACAAGAAUUGUAUGUUAGAGACUCUUUUUCUUCUUUAUCGGAAUGAAACGGAUCGACUUCAUAUACUACAACCUCCAUUCUACAGUACUGAUGACAACGAGGUUCCCUGA